AUGUUGUCAAAUGCUUCAUUCAUUUCAUUGGAACAGCCAAUUACGGUGACGACGAUAUUCACAACGAUUGUCGUUCUUGUAGUGUCUAGUAUCGUAGCAGCAUAUGCCUAUGAGCUAUAUCGCGAAUAUGAUUAUGCUAGAAAAUCUAAGAAGCGUGGUCUUGGAAAGCCAUAUACUGUAAUGAACAGGCCCUUUGGUAUUUUCAGCUUUCUAAGAUUGAUGAAGUCAAGUAAACACAACAAGUUGCUUCCCGAGAUUCGUAGAGGCUUGGAAUCGGUUCCUCGACUUACUUUCCGUGCCCAGAAUAUGUUUACAGUCAACAUCAUGACUCAAGAUCCAGAGAACGUGAAGUCGAUUCUUGCUACAGAUUUCAAGUCCUAUUCAACAGGUCUUCGAUAUAAGCAGCUUAGCCCUCUUCUUGGAAGGGGUAUUUUUACUUCAAACGGCGAUUAUUGGAAACAUUCGAGAGCGAUGCUAAGACCGCAAUUUUCGAGAGAAAGAAUAUCACAUCUUCAUUUAUAUGAGAAGCACGUACAAAAGCUUUUGGAUAUCCUGAAAAAGGGCCCCGAUGGUAUCACUGACACGGGAAGCGGUAGUUCUUUUAAUGAAGAUGACCAUGCGGGUCUUGUUGAUGUUCAGAACUUAUUCCUCAAAUUCACAAUGGAUACAUCGAGUGAAUUUCUGUUUGGCCAGAGUAUGGAAUCGCUAUCGCCUCAUGAUAGUAUUUUAAGAACCUCGAGAUCAGAAUACAAAUCCUCUGAUUUUAUGAAAGCUGCUGAUUUUUGUAGUAAGACAUUGGCGAACCGUGCCCGUGCUGGCGCCUUGUACUUCCUGUUCAACAGCAAGGAGUUUCGAAACUGUAUUAAGACCGUCCACGAUUUUGUUGAUGAUGUUAUCACAGAUACAUUGAAUAAAGAAAAGAAAGGAGAUGAUGAUGCAACAAGUUUCUUGGAAGAGCUUUCUUUACAAACUCGGGACCCAAUCGAGCUGCGGUCCCAAGCACUAAAUGUACUACUUGCUGGUAGAUCCACAACCGCUGGCUUGCUAUCAUUUACCAUCUACUUAUUAGUCCGUCAUAAGAGAGUCUUUAAUAGACUUAGAGGGACAGUUUUGGAGGCAUUUGGAACCGACGAAGAAGCUAUCACAUAUGAGUCCAUUAAACGUUGCACAUAUCUUCAAUAUGUGCUUAAUGAGGCGCUUCGUAUCUAUCCCCUCGUACCACUAAAUGUAAGGUAUGCAAUCAAAGAUACUUCAUUACCGAGGGGAGGUGGUGAACUGGAAGACCAACCGGUAUUUGUACCUAAGGGAACACAAAUUGUGUAUCCAGUUUUCAUGAUACACCGCCUCAAGCAGUUCUGGGGCCCUGAUGCAGAAGAGUUCCGUCCGGAAAGAUGGUAUGAAAAUUCCUACCAUACCUGGGAUUUCCUACCGUUCAACGGCGGUCCCAGAAUUUGUAUUGGCCAGCAAUUUGCUCUUUCUGAGGCCUCCUAUGUGAUCGUUCGUCUCCUGCAAAAUUUUAAAGACAUCACGACUAGCCAGGAUGUUCUCGACCGUGAGCUUUUAUUGCGGGCUUCUGUAUCUACCAACGUAUAUGGGGGUGUAUGGGCCAAAUUUGUCCAAUAA